AUCAGAGGAAGUUAACAACCACAGGAGGGGCUGAUGAUGUUUAAAGAAAUAGCUGUAUAAAGAAAAGAAAUACUGAGAGAAAAUGGCUGAUCAGUGUCACAUGUGUCUGCUGGGACUGAUCAUUCUCUGUCCACUUCUGACAGGUACCAGUGGAGCAGAAGUAACUCAUGUGUUCAGCACUUCUGGUGAAAAUGUCCAUCUGCCCUGUAAUAAUGCUCUUUCUGGCUGCACAUCAACUACAUGGAACUAUAACAGACAUUCAGUGGCAGUUGAACUGAUUGCUGGAGGGAUAAAGAGGAAUGACAGAGAGAGACGUGAGAGACUGAGUCUGGGGUCUGACUGCUCUCUGAACAUCAAGAAAGUCACACAAGAAGAUUAUGGGCUUUACACCUGCCGACAAUAUGUGAAUGGACAAAAACAAGGAACUGAUGCACCUGUUUAUCUGCAUUUUCUUCAUGUCUCUUCAUCAUCCUCACAGACUGAGAUCAGACCUGACAGCUCUGUGACUCUCUACUGUCAGUUGUGUUAUUAUGGAGUUGAUUGUGAUAGUUUGGUCCGUUCGAAGGGAAUUCAGCUGGUCUGGGUGAAUCAGGCUGGUGUGAAUCUGAUGACAGACUCCAGAUAUCAGAUAUCAUUCUCCUCAACACACUGUAACAUCACUCUGACUACAACACUCCUGAAUGAAGAUCUCAACAGAGAGUGGAGAUGUCUGGUUACUCAAAGAAAUCAACUGAAGACCUCAGCCACAUAUACUGUCAAGUAUUCAGCUCCAGUCGAUUCAACAAAACUGAUUCCAGUCACCAGCUCAAAGUCUGAGAAGAAAUCAAGCCGAACUACAGCAGCAGCUCCAACACAACCAGCUCCAGUCGAUUCAACAAAACUGAUUCCAGUCACCAGCUCAAAGUCUGAGAAGAAAUCAAGCCGAACUACAGCAGCAGCUCCGACAGGAAACUGCACACUUGCACGCGGUGCAACAGAAGCUGCACAGUACUGUGUCAUUGGACCUAUGGACCGGUCGACCAGCCAAAGAGUCAGUAAUCGGACCAUUACCUCAAAAUCUGGUGUGACUUCAGCUGCACACAGAACUUCAAUUACUACACAGCAAGCAUCAAUCACAGAGACAACACAGAUUCCAGCUACUGCAAAGUCUCUUAAUCAAGUGACUGUGAUUGUUGGUGUUGUUGCUGCACUGGCUGUUCUCCUUCUUGCUGUUCUUUGGGCGAUUCGUAAAAAAAAAUCUGAUAACAGAAGAGGGACUGAUGACUCUGUGGAGCAGAAAGAUGAUGUGACUUAUACUGAGGUUGUCAAGUACAGUAAAAACAAAGCCAAAAAGAACAAAGUUCAUGGUGAAGAUAAAGUGACUUACGCUUCCAUCAGUGGAGCAACAGCUGGACCUCAGGAUAACAACAGUCAACUUUAUGCCUCUGUGAACAAUAACCAUCACAAAUGAGUAAAACGUACUCAGUUACCAACGUAACCUCAGUUCCCUGAGAUACCGGAACGAGUACUGUGUCUGCUAGAAGCGGUGAGGAAAACUCCUUUUCUCUGAUAACUGAAGCCUUAUUCAUUGACGCAGUGAAACUGCAUGGCCAUUGGUUUGUGCAGUUAGAAUGAAACAAACCAAUGAUGGCGCAGCAGAACUGUGCAAGCCUAUGGCGAAGAAGCCUGCCAGAGCCCGCCAGAAUGGGCGGGGACAUCUGGCUAUAUAAGCAUGCAUUUUGCAUAGGAUCUCUGGUUUAUUUUGACUGAAGCGACGACACAGAGUUGUGCAGCAACAUCGCACAGCUAGCAACACAGUACUCAUUUCCGUAUCUCAGUGAACUGAGGUUACGUUAGUAACCAAGAACGCUCCCUUUCGAUACUUCACUCAUACUGCGUCUGCUAGAUGCGGUGGGGAACAAGUACAAUCGCACCAUGCAAUGGUAGAGGAACAACUGAUAAGUAAUUAGUCCUAAGCACUUGAAGGGCCCAAGGGACCAAGUACAGUGAAACAAGGCCACUAGCCAGGGGUCCAGACUUAAGUCGGGGCGUUAUAGAAGAUAAAAAUGGGCUAAACUCACACAGGUUAUGCCCGGCCCUGAAUAAUCAUUAUAGAAACCUUGCACAGCCUAGGUACUCAAGAAGGGCAGAGAGGAAAGUUGUCUUCUGAGGCAAAGAGGUUGACCUCUACCCUCCUGAAUAUCUCCCAGACUCUCUGAACCGUUUGGGGAUGGAACAUCCACUUUUCUGAGGAGACAUUGUUCCAGAACAGCAUGUCUGCUCCCUGAUUCAUUUUGUCCGGCACAUGCGCUGCCCUCAGUCAACGCAGGUUGCAAUGUGCCCAUUCUAAGAGACUCUUCACUAGAGUGGCUUCUUCGCCAUAGGCUUGUGAAGCUCCACCGCGCCAUCAUUGGUUUGUUUCAUUCUAACUGCACAAAUCAAUGGCUGUGCAGUUUCACUGCGUGAUUGAAUAAGGCUUCAGUUAUUGGAGAAAAUGAGUUUUCCCCACCGCGUCUAGCAGAUGCAGUAUGAGUGAAGUAUCGAAAGGGAACAGUCAUUUAUUAUACAAAGACAUUGUAUUAUGAUAAAUGAAUAGAGGAAAAUAGAGCCAAUAGCCUAGUGGUUAGCGCACUGACACAUGGCGCAAUUGCGUUCAUGGCGACCCGAGUUCGAUUCCCGUCUUGAGGUCCUUUGCCGAUCCUCUCUGCUCCAAUGCUUUGCUGUCUGCUCUCUACUGUCCUAUCUGAAUAAAGGCACAAAAAGCCCAUAAAUAUAACUUAAAAAAAAAAAAAUAUUCUGUCUUUCACAUGUUAACAAACAAGUGAGAAGUGAGAUUGUUACUGUGCAGAAUGUGCUUGUGAGCUCAGACCUGACAUUCUUUUUUAUUAUUGUAAAUGUCUGUAAAUACGAUGUUGCAUUUUAACUGUUUUUAAUACCCAAUCUACAGUAAUUAACGUCAUCUUUUAAACUAUUUCUGUGCUUGAGGCAUUUGUGAGAGAUGCUCAGAAAUGUUUUAACACAGCUGUAAAGGAACUGAGAGACCACAGUCAGUUUCAAAGAAAUAGAAGAGAUAAUAUCUAUUUAUGGGAAUCAUAAUGAGUUUAUUGAUUCUGGUUCUUUAAUGAUUCCAUUAAUGAUUGAAUGAAGUACUUUUAAUGAAGAAAUAUUUUUUAAAAAUUCCAUUGCAAAAUGUAGAGAUAAUUUAAUGAUUUACAAAUUUCUCUUUACAGUUCUUGCAGAAAGGUUUUAAAUUACUUUUCAUAGUCUUUUUAUAUGCAACAUAAAUAUAACCACAUUUUAUGUAUGUCUCACACUUAAUCAGUAAGCUGCGUUUGACCAAAUAAAACUAACCUGCUCAUUAGAGUCAUUUGUUGAAUCAGAUUGCACUUCUGUAUGUUUUUGAUUGAGUAAAAAGUGCAAACUGG